AUGCGUCGACGUAAUAAUGAUGAAUCAAGAAGAAAUAGUGUAAAUAUAAGGUGGUAUAGUACCGCAAGAAAGAAUAACUACUUGAAAGAAGAUGGUACUUUUGAAGCCAUGACACCCUUAGAAAUGGACCCAAUCGAAGAUAGGAGAAAUCAUAGAACGCAAAGCACAGGUAAUUAUCAGAAAAAUAUGUUGAACGAGAAAAGACAAGCACGUACGCAAAAGAGACAAGCUCGUGAAAUGCUGCGAAUGAAAGAAGACGAGGAAUUGGCGGAUAACUAUCAUAGACAGCGGACUACAAUAGUGGAAAAUUUCUCUAAUCCUACUCAUAUUAGGGGAUUGUUUAAAUCGAAACCUAAAGCGAUUUGGGAAAAUGUUUCAGAUAAAAAUAAUGAAAAAUCAGCGUCCAAUUAUAAAGACCUAGUGAAUAUAUUGAACAAUGGUUCUGGCUUUAGAUAUUACACGUCGGAAAUCCAGAAUACUUUGAAUUUAAUAUCCACCUAUUUUGUGAAUUCCAUACUCGUGGAGAUUAAUAUAAGGAAAAUAUUUGCAGAUAAGAACUUGAACAAAUAUCCGGAUUCUUUUUUGUAUAGAAAUUCGUUAAUGAAUAAUAUCAAGGACGAAAAGAAGAAGAAUGAAAUAUUAAAAAUUCUCGUUCAGUUAUAUGAUAGAAAGGAAAACGAUGAUCCCCAAAGCUUUGAUCAUUUCUUCGAAAAUUUAAAUCGAAAUGUUAUUGAAGAUUUAAUGGGUAAAGAAAUACUAGAAUCUGACUAUUUUAAUUCAGUCGAGUUUUAUAGACAUAACUUCAAUGUUUUUAAAUCAUCGCAGUAUUUGAAUUAUGACCAUUCUGAUACGUUAAGAUUUAUUCAAUCUUCUCAGCCAGUGAAAUUUAAAAGCCCGGAACAAAACAACGAAGAAUAUUAUGCAAAUCUUGAACAUAUUUUUAAGGCGUAUGAUAGGAAUGAUCCUUUGGGUCAUUUAAGCUUAAUUGCAAGUGUGUCCAAAGUAUUAAUGACUUGUCAAAAGUAUACUCCAACCAUCAGUAUUUUUAAUUACUUGCUUCAGAAACUAGGACAAAUAGGAUUAUACAAUUAUCAAUCAAUAGUCUAUGAUAAUUUACCAUCUUUCAGAUACAAACAAUCUUUGUUAGCAACCCCGGAACACAAUUUACUAAAGGCUCCAAAAUUGGCGUACCAGUUACAGGAUAUUAUAGAAGAUGAUCCCAAUUUUCUUACUAGCUUCAUUGACUAUCAAGUCGUCAGAGAUGAAAGUGAAUUUUUCAAGGAGUUGUUGUCAUUUUAUAGACUAGAAGAAAUAGCAGCUCAUGAAAAGGUGUUAAUGAAAUCAAACUUGAAGAGCCUUGUUUCAAAGUCAAGAUUUUCUAAUUUUAGAUCACACAUUCCUCAAUCUAUAUCGUUCAACUGUGAAGAUGCUCUAUUUACUUCAAUUAACUCAAUUUAUUCGACAAUCAACGCAUGCAUUGAUUUGAAACAGUUUGAAUUUAUUGAUUUGCUAGUUAGCAAAUUGAUCUUGCAUUCAGUUAGGAUAAAUGACAAAUUAAAGGUUGCAUUGACGUUUGGAAAACAAAAUGAUAUUAAAACUACCGAAUAUUCGCUUCUAAUAGCCGAAGAGCUCUCGACAUACGACUUAUCCUGCAAAAUAUUCACAAAAGAAUUAUUUAUCCUAUUAUUAAGAGCAUGUCGCGAGUCUGACGACGUGGGAAGGUUGAUGUGGUUGACUCCUCAUUUAGAUUUAUAUUUGUCCACAAACCUAGAACAAAGCAAAGACCAUUUGGAAACCAUUAAGCAAUACUUCAAUGAUUUGAUUAUCCAUCAAGCUGCAGACAUGCCAGACAUCAAAACGUUCAUAGGCCAAGAUUCAGAAGCUCUCAUCGACUCAAAAUUGAUAUCCUCUAUCCAUGAGACAUUUUCGAUAUUCGGAAUAGAUGGUAAAGUUUUGAAAUACAAUGAAGUACUAGAUUUCAAGAAUACUGUUGCAGAUCAGGUAUGUUUAACCAGACAAAAAAUUGAUAAUGAGCGAGAAAAUAUAAAAAAACACGGCGGAAAAGUGAACUUGAAUCACUAUCUGGACGACCUCUACUUCUAUCUCAACCCAGCAGGUGCAUACGGCGAAGACCCUACCAAAAAAACAUACAAAAGAUAG